UCCCGGCUCACAGGAGCCACUGGGCUUCAGGAACCAUUCUUGAGCCGUUCCUACCAGCAGAUCUCCUCAGCGGGCUGAAGAUGCUAGCCUUGAACCACAAGAAAUUAGUCCUAGCUUCAGUGAUGCUUGUGCUGUCACUGUACCUGUUCAGAGCCUCGGAAGCAAGUGACUUCGAUUGUUGUCUCCGGUACACAGAGCGUCAUUAUGGAUCUCGGAUCAUAAAGGGCUACACAGAGCAGUUUUCCAAUGAAGUCUGUGACAUUGACGCCAUCAUUUUUCACACCAAGAGAGGAGCCUUAGUGUGUGCAAAUCCACAAGAGCAGUGGGUGAAACAUGUUCUCCAUGAUCUGAGCAAGAGACUCAAGAGGAUGUCAAAAUCAAGUUUUUCCUGAAAUAAAACUGAAUCCAGAAGGGAGAGAAACGAGGUUGGAGUUCCCAUUUGCACACUGGCGAAUGUCAAUCAUCUACUAAAAUUACCAUCUUUGGCAGGUCCAAGUACUGAAGUUGAUUCAUAUUGCAUCAUCGGUUUGCUUUUUAAGCAUUAUAAUGUGAAUUUUUAUUUUAUAUUGAGUUAUUUAUAUAUACAUGGUUGAUAUAUUCAAAUUAUAUCUUUUUAAAGACUGUUUAGAAAUAGCUCUUUUAAUGAUCUGUAUUAUCAUUUGGUGGUCUUGCCUUUUGGGCGAAAGAAAUAAACCCUUUUUCCCGUAA